ACGUCUCACCGCACUGUAGAGACGUCUCGGCACUCGGUAGCCAAUGGGACUACCACGGCGGCUUCCUCCUCGCACUAGCCCAGAGGAAGUCUGACGCUCAGGCAACUUUUCGUGGCGCUAUCUGGUCGUCUGUUGCUCGUAACCGUAAGCACACAGAGGAAGUCGAGGCUAUGAACGUGUACUCUGUAACUCUCAGCGGCCCGGCGCCGUGGGGCUUCAGGCUUCAAGGUGGAAAAGACUUCAGCAUGCCCCUCACUGUGUCAAGGCUGACCCCGGGUGGGAAAGCAGCUCAGGCAGGUGUCGGCGUCGGCGACUGGGUCGUCUCUAUUGAUGACCUUAACGCAGAGGACUUGACCCACGUGGAGGCCCAAAACAAGAUCAGAGCAGCAUCAGACUCCCUCACUCUAACCCUUAACAGAGCUGUCAACAAGGUUGAUGCAGAGCAGAAGGGCUCACGCGCCGAGGCUAGCGUACAGCCCAAGUACUCCUUUGCCCCGAGCACCACCAUUAACAAGAUGGCGAGGCCUUUCUCAGCAGGGGGCGCUAGCGCAGGACCUGUCAUAAAGCCUGUGGCCUACUCACCUAAACUUAACACGCCUCGCUCUCAGGGCCGGGCCGGCGUGCUGCAACCGCAGAAUGGUGUUGAGCCAACUCCAUCGCCUGCCAAGAUUCAGACAGCAAGUCAACCAGAUGGAUCCAAUACUGCAGCCUCAGGCAUCUCGGCUCCUUCCUCCCGACCCCCGUGGGUCACCGACCCGAAUUUUGCCGACCGUUAUCGUCCGGACAAGACGAGCACGGUGGUGACGCAGCACCAGCAGCCGGUUCAGCCCACACCAAUGGAGAACCGCAGCUCCAUCCUGCAGGCGGCGCAGCAGACGCCCCAAGGCAGUGAGAGGACCCCGGUGUGCAGCGCCUGCAACAAAAUCAUCAGGGGUCGCUACCUCGUCGCGUUGGGACGCUCGUGGCACCCCGAGGAGUUCACGUGUUCACAAUGCAAGACGGUCCUGGAGGAGGGGGGCUUCUUCGAGGAGAGAGGUUCCGUCUUCUGUACCAAGUGCCACGAUAACCGCUAUGCACCCAACUGUGCAAAGUGCAAGAAGAAGAUCACGGGGGAAAUCAUGCACGCCCUGAAGAUGACCUACCACGUUCAGUGUUUUAAGUGUGCAGCCUGCAAGACUCCUAUCAGGAACCAGGCCUUUUACAUGGAGGAGGGAGAGCCUUACUGCGAGAGAGAUUACGAGAAGAUGUUCGGCACCAAAUGUCACGGCUGCGACUUUAAGAUUGACGCCGGGGAUCGUUUCCUGGAGGCUCUGGGCUACAGCUGGCACGAUACGUGCUUCGUCUGCGCUCUGUGCCAAAUCAACCUGGAGGGGAAGACGUUUUACUCCAAGAAGGACAAGCCCCUCUGCAAAGGCCACGCCUUCGCCCCGGUGUGAGUCAUCCUCUUCUCAAAUCUUGAUGUCCUGCUCAAAUCACAUGCAAGCCUGUGUUCAUCUGGAUGGUAGAAGCUUAACCCUCCGUUUGCGCCUCUUAUUCUAAAUAUCCAGCCUGUCACCCAACUGGACUGUGGUGACCUGUUCAAACACGCCAUUAUCUUGUUUACCUUCAGGUCAACCUGAUGACAUUGUUUUUUAAAAUCAUUAUUAUUAUCAGUAUUAUUAUACAGUAUAUAUUUUUUUGCAUUUGGACUCAUUUUAAUUUCCAGAAAAUUUUAACAGGAGGUUUGGUUUAAGAUUGUUGCAAAUGUGUUGGGG